AUGCCUAUUGCCAUCGUGACAGGCGCCAACAGUGGCAUUGCUCACGCAUUUGCCAAAAUACUCUGCGACGAGGGCUAUACGGUCUAUGCAGCCGACCGAGACCAAGGAGAUGGUCUUACGUCUCUCGAGGCCAAAGGCGCACAUACGGCCGUGCUUGAUGUGACCUCUCCCGAAUCGAUCCAGAAGUUCAAGGCCUCGUUGGGCGACACUCCUAUUGAUCUUUUACUCAAUAUUGCAGGUGUCGCCUCGGCCGCUGAAGACGACAGUCUCAGGACGACCAAUCCCGAUAUCCUGCAGCGGACCUUCGCCGUCAACACAUUUGGGCCUUUGCUUCUGACGCAAGCCCUCUUGCCGAACAUCCUGAAGGCGUCCCACCCCAAGAUUGGCAUUGUUUCUAGCCGCGUGGGUUCGGUUGGCGACAACAGUACUGGCGGCCAUUACGCAUAUCGCUCAUCCAAAGCCGCUGUCAACUCCGUCGGUAAAAGCAUGGCCAUGGACUUGAAAGACCAGGGCGUUGCAGUGAUGCUUCUCCAUCCUGGAUAUGUCAGGACAAACUUGUUGCCUUCCGCCAAGAUGCCUCCUGAAACGGUCGAGCCGGAGGAGGCGGCGAGGAAGUUAUGGCAGAAUAUUGUGAGCAAGAAAGAGCUUGAGGAUACGGGCAAGUUCUGGCACCGCGAAGGGUUCGAACUGCCUUGGUGA